GCGUCCGGAAGACUGUCAUGGCGGAUUGUUGUGUUUGGGGACCGAUUGCUGUGUGAGAGGAAGAGGGUUACACGAUGAAGCUGGUUAAUCUGAAGCAGGCCAUCUUGCAGGCCUGGAAGGAGAGAUGGAGCGACUACCAGUGGGCUAUUAACAUGAAGAGGUUUUUCCCUAAAGGAGUCACGUGGGACAUCCUGAAUCUUGCGGAAGCACUUCUGGAUCAGGCCAUGAUUGGUCCUGCCCCCAACCCUCUCAUCCUUUCCUACCUGAAAUAUGCGAUUAAUUCUCAGAUGGUGUCUUACUCCACAGUCCUGACUGCAAUCAGCAAGUUUGAUGACUUCUCUAGAGAUCUUUGCAUCCAGGCCUUGCUGGAAGUCAUGGACAUGUUCUGUGAUAACCUCAGCUGCCACGGCAAGGCAGAGGAGUGCAUCAGUCUCUGCAAGGCCCUCAUGAGCAGCCUCAACUGGCUUCUGCGUUGUGCCUCGUACUAUGCCGAAAAACUGAAGGAAGUUCUAGAUCCGGUAGCAGGAGAAUCGCAUUUGUCCAUGUGCCUGCAUCGGCUCGAGUCCAUCGUCGGCAGUACCAAGAACCGUGCGCUAGUUCAUAUUGCCAAGCUGGAGGAACCAAUCUCCUGGGUAUCCGUUGAACAGUCUCUGAUCAGACUGGUGGAGGGUCUCAGCCUCCUUCCAAAUGGGCAGCUGAGGAGCCAAGCGGAGAGCUGUGUCUCACUAAUCAGGAGUAUCCCGUCGAUGCUGUCCGCUCAUUCUGAUCAACUGCACAAGACCGGCUUCCCCACAGUCCAUGCUGUAGUGAUGCUGGAGGGAACCAUGAAUCUAACAGGAGAGGCACAGCCGCUGGUGGACCAACUGAGCACCGUGAAGAGGAUGCAGAGGAUUCCCCCGCACCUCUUUCUCUUGGAGAUCUGGAAGGCUUGCGUUGUGGGAUUAAUAGAGUCCCCUGAAGGCACUGAUGAGUUAAAAUGGACUGCGUUUACCUUUUUAAAGAUUCCACAAGUAUUGACAAAAUUAAAGAAGUUCUGGCCGGCAGAUCAGGAUUUCAACGAAGACAUGAACUGUGCGUUUGAGUACCUUCUGAAACUCACUCCGCUCCUCGACAAAGCUGAUCAGAGGUGCAACUGUGACUGCGUCAAUCUAUUACUACAAGAAUGCAACAAGCUGGGAUUGCUGUCGGAGCCUAACAUGGAGAACCUCGCUGCCAAACGGGCUGCAGACAGGGAGCAGGCGCCGCGAUUGAAGUCAUCUGAAAACUCCACGAUUCAGCCCAACCCUGGACUGAUUCUCCGCGCAGAACCCACUGUCACCAAUAUCUUAAAGACUAUGGACGCUGACCACUCCAAGUCUCCAGAGGGGCUCUUAGGAGUCCUGGGCCACAUGCUGACUGGGAAGAGUCUGGAUCUGCUACUUGCCGCAGCAGCUGCAACCGGAAAGUUAAAAUCCUUUGCCCGCAAAUUCAUCCAGCUAAACGAAUUCACUCGCCAUAUUGUAGUAGAGAGCUCAAAGGCAGCGAAUGUCCGUGCUCUGCUGUUCGACAUUUCCUUCCUGAUGCUCUGUCAUGUGGCCCAAACGUACGGUUCAGAGAUGAUCCUGACCGAGGGCUGUCCCGGCUCGGAGAUGCCUUUCUUUGAGAGCUGGAUGCAGACCUGCAUGCCGGGCGAAGGGAAGGUCCUGAAUCCAGAGCAUCCCUGCUUCCGCCACCCCGAUGUUCCGAAGGUGGAAGCCCUGGUUGCCCAGCUCAAUACUUCCUCUGAGAUGAGGCUAGUUCAGACAAAAUGGCACGAGAUGUGUUUGAUUAUUCCCGCUGCAAUCCUAGAGGUUCAUAAUGCCUGGGAGAAUGGAGUGCUGUCCUUCGAAGCAAUUCAGAAAAUAACAGAUAAUAUAAAAGGGAAGGUGUGCAGUCUGGCCGUGUGCGCUGUGGCUUGGCUCGUGGCUCACGUCCGGAUGCUGGGACUGGAUGAGCGGGACAAGUCUUUGCAGAUGAUCCGACAGCUGGGGUCACCGUUAUUUGCGGACAAUACACUGCAGUUCUACAAUGAGAGAGUUAUCAUCAUGAGCUCCAUCUUGGAGAACAUGUGUGCCGAGGUUCUCCUGCAGACGGCCACACAGAUCAAGUUUACGGUGUCUGGCAGCGAGCCCGUGCCUUAUGUCCAUCGGCUGCCACCCAAGAAGCCCAUCAAAGAAGUUCUCAGGGCCACCUUCAGUGCCACCUUAGAGAAGGGAUGGGUAGACAGCCGUUCCCUGCACGUUUUUGACACGCUACUUCACAUGGGUGGCGUGUACUGGUUCUGCAAUAACUUGGUGAAGGAGUUGCUGAGGGAGACGCGGAUGGAAUUUGCUUUGCGGGCGGUGGAACUUCUGUUUGCCAUCUUCUGCUUGGACAUGCCGCAACUCACUCUCACUCUUCUAGGGCACGUGCUACCGGCCCUUCUCACAGACUCUGCCAAGUGGCACACGCUGAUGGACCCGCCAGGGAGAGCGCUGGCAAAAUUAUCUGUUUGGUGCGCGAUGACCUCUUUCUCCACGCACAACAGAGGACAGCCGUCCCCCCGGCAGAGGAAGCGGCACAGAGAGGACAUUGAGGAUUACAGCAGCCUCUUUCCACUGGAUGACACUCAACAAUCCAAACUGAUGCGUCUGCUUAGUUCCAACGAGGAGGAACACGCCGUACAAGCCAAUCCCACCGAUCGCCCGAUGAACAGCUCCCUGUCUGCAUCUCAGAUCCACAACAUCAGUUCCAAAGAGCCCUUAAACAGAGUGCUUGCAAAUCUCUUCCUUUUGAUCUCCUCUAUACUCGGGGCCCGGACGGCAGGCGCUCACACUCAGUUUGUGCAGUGGUUCAUGGAGGAGUGCGUGGAGAGCCUGGAGCAGGGAGGGAAAGGCGGCAUCCUGCAGUUCAUGCCUUUCAGCAUGGUGUCUGAGUUGGUCAAAGUUUCCACGUUAUCCAGUCCAAAAAUCGUGCUGGCCAUCACCGAUCUCACGUUACCCCUGGGCCGUAGAGUGGCCGCGAAAGCACUGACCGCUCUUUGACGGCCAUCGCAGGGACUGGCGGUUUUCGUACUUCCAGGCUUUAGAAGACUUCACGCGUUUUUUUUUGGUUUUCUUUUACUGUAAACAUUGUUGAAAAUUCUUAAGGACUGUUUUUUUUUUUAUGCUGUUAAAUAUUUAUGUCAUUCAUGAAUAAAAGAACGUGUGCAAAGCACCAGCUAAAUGUACAGAA